AUGGAUGCAACGUCUCUGUCAGAGAGUGGCUCCCCCGCUAUCUCCCCUGGGUCUCAACCUCUCAGCUAUAACCCCACUUCGGGUCAAGACUCAGCAUCACCAAGUCCAGAUACACCUAUUCCAGAUGAUGAGCAUGGAGCAGAUCUGCCGAUGAAUAUGUCCGCAUCGGUGAUGCUAAGUGGGCUACCCCGCGACGCUCACCAGGCACUAGCUGACGUUGAAGCUAUUGAUGAUCGCAAAGUCACAGUCCGUUUCCAACCUCUGCCAUCAGCUGCAAUUCUCAAGAAUAGAGUCUUCAAGAUCAGCGCAUCGCAAAAGUUUGAGACUGUUGUCAAGUUCUUGAGGAAGAAGCUAGACUGCAAGGAGACAGACUCGGUCUUUUGCUAUGUAAACAGUGUCUUUGCACCUGGCCUGGAUGAGGGUGUUGGUGGUCUGUGGAGGUGCUUCAAAACGGAUGAUGUGUUGAUUGUUGCUUAUUCAAUGACACCAGCGUUUGGCUGA